AUGAGCAGCCUGCGAGCCGCCCCAGCCGCCCGUGCAGCCGCCCGUGCAUCGCCCGUGAGCCGCCCCAGCCGCCCGUGCAGCCGCCCGCGAGCCGUCCCAGCCGCCCGUGCGGCCGCCCGUGAGUCGCCCUCGACACGCCCGCGCCGCCCGAGCCGCCCGCGAGACGCCCGCGCCGCCCGAGCCGCCCGAGCCGCCCGCGAGACGCCCGUGCCGCCCGAGCCGCCCGAGCCGCCCGAGCCGCCCGAGCCACCCGAGCCGCCCGAGCCGCCCGAGCCGCCUGGGCCGCCCGAGCCGCCCGGGCCGCCCGAGGAGCCGAUCUUCUGCUCCUCUGCUACAAUGGCCACCCCCAGUGUCCUGACUUUUGACGCUGAGGGUCGCGCCAUUGACUUUGCAGUCUGGAUUGAGGACCUGCAGCUGUACUUACUGUGCGAUGCGAUCGAUGAGGUUUCUCUCUUUGACUUUGUCUCUGGCGCUGUCCCUGCCCCUCCUGCUGAUGCUGACCCCACUGUUCGCUCCAAGUGGGCCACACGUGAUGCUGCUGCACGUCUUGCUGUGCGUCGCCACCUCCCUUCCUCCGAGCGUGCACACUUUAGUCAGUGCAAGACCGCUCAGGCCUUGUACGACGCUGUAGUUGCGCGCUACUCCUCCCCUUCCACUGCUACACUGAGCCGCCUCAUGCUACCGUACCUCUUCCCUGACCUUGCUGCCUUACCCACAGUCACUGACCUCUUUACCCACCUUCGCGCUAGUGACACUCGCUACCGAGCUGCGCUUCCUGCUGCCUUCCUCGCCGAAAACCCCCCUCCCAUGUACAUCACCCUCUACUUUCUAGUCACCCGUCUCCCUGAGUCCCUUCGUGCUGUUAGGGACCAGUUUCUCUCUGUCUGUCCCACCACCCUCACUGUCGACCUCCUUGAGAAGUCCCUGCUAGCGGCCGAGAAGAGCAUAGUCGCUGUAGGGGCCUCUCGUGGUGACCCGCGCACCCCCAUCUUUGAGGGGUGUUCUCCUUCCCCCCUGCUACCCUCUGUCGCCUCUGCUGCUGCGGCCGAUCUCGUUGGUUUAGAGUCGGUCGGUGCGGCGUCUGCCCCCAGCGGUAGGCGCCGCUCUGGCAGGAGCAAGGGGGGCAAGGGAGCGGGUGGAGCUAGCGGGGGCGGUGGCGGUGGAGGUGGGGGCGGCGGGGGGAGUGGGGGUGGCGGUGGGGGUGGAGGCGGGAGUGGAGGUACUGGUGGCGGCGGUGGAGGCGGAGGUGGCGGCGGAGGUGGUGGCGGAGGAGGCAGUGGGAGCGGCGGGGGCGAGGGUGACGGUGGCGGCGGUGGCGGCGGAGGCGGGGGUGGCGGUGGUGGAGGUGGUCGGAGUGGCUCGUCCCAGAGGAGCGGCACUGGGGGUGGUCAGCGCCAGCAGCAGCAGCAGCAGCAGCGCUCUCGCGACGUCCCCGCCCCUCAGCAGCUCCGUGAGUGGUACUCGCAGCGUCAGCGUGGUGGGGCGUUCGGUCCCUGCACCUACGUCCUUUGCACCGGCGACCGCGCAGGUGAGCAGUGUGGGGGCACCCACACCGCUCGCCGCUGCUUUGCCCGCCUGACCGACGCUUGGCGCCAGCAGUUUCCGGAGGCCUCUGAGAUCCCCCGCUGGGGAGAGCUGUCUAGGGCUGGUAUAGCUGUGUUUGAUCUUGACUUUGAUGCUAUCCUUGAUGCCAUGUAUGCUGUGACUGUUAGUGAUGAUGGUGACUGUUACCGGUGCUUUCCGCCCGACCCGGGCAUUGGUACUGCUGUGUCAGGUGCCAGUACUGUGUCGGCUUCUGCCUCCCACACCUUCACCCUUGACUCUGGGGCGUCUCGCUCCUUCUUUCGGGACCGCACCACUCUCACGCCGCUUAGUCGGCCGGUUGCGGUGUCCCUGGCUGACCCCUCUGGGGGUCCUGUCCUGUCUCGUUUCUCCACAGUCCUCCCGUGUCCGGCGGCCCCCUCUGGCACCCUGACUGGUCUUUACCUCCCCUCGUUCUCUACGAACCUGGUGAGUGGUGCUGACCUACAGGAUGUGGGGGUCCACCAGUUCACUCCUGCUCGUCAGCGGGUGACACACUGCACAGAGGCUAGCACAGGUCGCCACCUGGCUACGUUUACACGUCAGCCAGGGUCGAGCCUGUACACACUGACCACUGCUUCUCCUCCCGGUGCUGAGUCUGGUAGAGUCCCUUCGUCUGGUCAGGUGUUUGCUGCAGCGUCCAGGUCUGGUCCUGAGUCUGCCCCCUGUUCGUGUCGCCGUCUGUCUCACGAGACUCUCCUCUGGCACCACUGCCUUGGCCACCCCUCUCUGCUUCGGCUCAGAGGCAUGGCCUCCCGUCUUCUUGUGUCUGGUCUUCCCCGGUCCCUCCCUCCCCUUCCUCAGGGCCCUGGCCCUGCCUGUGUCCCCUGUGUCGAGGGGCGCCAGCGUGCUGCCCCUCACUCCUCCCAGUUUCCUCCGACAGAGGCUCCGUUGCAGACACUUCACAUGGACGUGUGGGGCCCUGCCCGCGUCCGUGGUCUCGGUCACGAGCGCUACUUCCUGUUGGUGGUUGACGACUACUCGCGUUACACCACAGUCUUCCCCUUGCGCAGCAAGGGUGAUGUCACUGAGGUGCUGAUCGACUGGAUCCGCGCAGCUCGUCUCCAGCUCAGGCAGAGCUUUGGCUCGGACUUUCCUGUGUUGCGUCUGCACUCGGAUAGAGGCGGAGAGUUCUCCUCUGGCCUUUUGCGUGCCUUCUGUCGUGCGCGAGGCAUCCGCCAGACCUUCACGCUUCCGGACUCACCGCAGCAAAAUGGGAUUGCAGAGCGCCGCAUUGGCAUGGUCAUGGACGUCGCUCGUACGUCUAUGAUGCAUGCGGCUGCCCCCCAUUUUCUGUGGCCGUUUGCGGUCAGGUACGCGGCGCAUCAGAUCAACCUCCACCCCAGGGUCUCCAGGCCGGAGACCUCCCCAGCUUUGCUGUGGACGGGGAAGGUUGGCGAUGCGUCGGCGUUCCGGGUCUGGGGAUCUCGGGCAUUUGUCCGCGACUUGUCUGCGGACGAGCUGUCCCCUCGCGCUGCUCCCUGCGUCUUCCUGGGGUUCCCCCCCGACGCCCCUGGGUGGCAGUUCUACCACCCCACCUCUCGACGUGUGUCCCAGGUAGUCGCGGUCGAGCCUGUCGAGGUCACUGGUGACUCUGGUGCUGCUGCGGGAGCUGAGCCUGGGGGUGCUGAGCCUGGGGGUGCGGAGUCUGGGGGUGCUGAGCCUGGGGGUGCUGAGCCUGUGGGUGCUGAGCCUGGGGGUACUGAGUCUGGGGGUGCUGAGCCUAGGGGUGCUGAGUCUGGGGGUGCUGAGCCUGGGGGUGCUGAGCCUGGGGGUGCUGAGACUGGGGGUGCUCCGCCUGGAGGUGCUUUGCCUGAGGGUGCUGAGCCUGGAGGUUCUCCGCCUGGAGGUGCUUCGCGUGCUACUGGUGCUGCUGGAGGUUCUUCGGCUGCAGAGGGUGCUGCUGCCGCGCGUCCCGGAAGUGCUCGUGCUGUGGGUGCUCGAGCUGCUGGGCCUGAGGGUUCUCCUGGAGCUGGUGCUGCUGAGGGUGUUGGCGCUGAGACUACUGCUGGCGGUCCGACUGGCAGUGCUCCUGGUGCUGCUGGAGGUGCUGCUGGAGGUGCUACUGGAGCGGGUAAACCUGCUGGGGGUACUGGUGCUGUCCCUGCUGUUUCUGGCGUCGCCUCGCGGCCCCGACCGUACUUCGUUCCGCUCCUGCAGCAGGUUCUUGGUCUUAUACCUUCUCCUGGUCCUCCUCCGCCUCUCUUAGAGGAUCCACAGCCUGUCCAGUCCCAGUCACAGCUACAGCCUGCCUCCCCUUUGCCUGCUCCUUCUCCCUACGCUGGUCCGACUGGAGGUCUUACUGAGCGUCGUGAGCCUGCGUCUCGUCCUGCGUCGCCUGUUCGUCCUGCGCGCACUAGUGGUCGCGGUUCGCGUCAGCGUCCUCCUCCUGUCCCUGGCACGCACCGGAUGUCUUCUUCUGCUGCGUCUGCCCUUGUCACUGAGCUUGUCGACUUUGCUGCGCGCUGUCGUCUAGACUACGCUGCUAGUCUUGUCGCUGAGUCUGAGUCUGCCUGUCCUCCGUCCGUCGGGGGUGAGUGUGCCCUAGGCACGGACGUCCUUGAGGACAGGCAGGAGGAGUUCCAGUGUCUGGCCGCCGCUUCACCUCAUCUCGCGUCUGUACUGCUCGCCCCUGAGGGAGACCCGGAUGCACUUGACAUCCCGACUCCGCGCUCUUACGCGGAGGCGAUAGAGGGUCCCUACUCCUCUCAGUGGCAGGCAGCUAUGGAUGCAGAGAUGGCUUCCUGGAAGUCCACAGGCACCUACGUUGACGCUGUUCCCCCUCCUGGGGCGAACAUCGUCAGUGGCAUGUGGAUCUUCAGGGUGAAGCGGCCGCCGGGUUCUCCGCCUGUCUUCAAGGCGCGUUACGUGGCUCGUGGCUUCAGUCAGCGGCAGGGAGUUGACUACUUUCAGACCUUCUCCCCCACCCCGAAGAUGACCACUCUUCGGGUACUGCUGCACGUUGCUGCUCACCGUGACUACGAGCUGCACUCUCUCGACUUCAGCACUGCUUUCUUGCAGGGCAGCCUGCACGAGGAGAUCUGGCUGCGUCGCCCACCUGGCUUCUCUGGGUCUUUCCCUCCUGGUACCCAGUGGAGUCUCCAGCGUCCAGUCUAUGGUCUCCGCCAGGCGCCACGUGAGUGGCACGACACACUGAGGACUACGCUUGCGGCACUUGGGUUUGCUCCUUCUACUGCCGACCCGUCGCUGUUUCUGCGCACCGACACCUCUCUGCCGCCGUUCUACAUCCUCGUGUACGUCGACGACUUGGACUUUGCCACAGCUGACACUGCUGGACUCGCCAACGUGAAGUCCGAGCUGCAGAAGAGACACACGUGCACUGACCUGGGUGAACUGCGCAGCUACCUUGGCUUGCAGAUCACCCGGGACAGAGCACGCCGCACCAUUACCCUGACUCAGUCACACAUGGUGCAGCAGGUCCUUCAGCGCUUCGGCUUCACGUACUCCUCGCCUCAGGCCACUCCUCUGCCUACUCGCCACUCGCUCUCAGCUCUGCCUUUGGAUGAGUCCGUAGAGUCGAGUGGCCCGUAUGCAGAGCUUGUUGGCUGCCUCAUGUACCUGAUGACCUGCACACGACCUGACCUUGCAUACCCUCUCAGCAUUCUCGCACGCUAUGUUGCUCCUGGGAGACACCGACCAGAGCACAUGGCUGCAGCGAAGAGGGUGUUGCGCUACUUGUGCAGUACGUCGGGCAUGGGGCUAGUGCUUGGAGGGCGCAGUCCAGUGGUCCUCACUGGGCACGCGGACGCUUCUUGGGCUGACGACCAGGCUACGCAGCGGUCGUCACGGGGUUACACCUUUGGCCUUGGUUCCGGCUCUGUUUCGUGGCGGGCUACUCGCUCGUCUUCUGUUCUCGGCUCCAGUUGUGAGGCUGAGAUCUACGCCGGGGCUAUGGCUGCUCAGGAGCUUCGCUGGCUCACCUACCUGCUGACCGACCUUGGAGAGCCGCCUCGUUCUCCUCCAGUCCUGUACGUAGACAACAAGGCCAUGCUGGCCUUGUGUCGAGAGCAGCGACUGGAGCACAGGACAAAGCACAUUGCUCUCUGCUACUUUCUUGCUCGUGAGCUACAGCAGCGUGGACAGUUGCGACUUGCGUACGUGGCCUCUGAGGCCAACACUGCUGAUGUCUUCACCAAGGCACUUGCGCCUUGUGAUCAUCAGCGUUGCUGCACGCAGCUAGGUCUUGUGCCUGUCUUGCCUCACUUGCUCACUUCUUGA